UCCUAUUAUUAGUUAAAUAUGGCGGGUAAUGGUGAUCCCAGUUUUGUUAAUGUUUUAUCUUCUACUGGCUUAACCUCGGGUUUAACUGUUGAAGAAGGGCCCGGGCCUGUCUUUAAUAUGAGAGAGAUAUGGUUUACUAACAUGCUAUUGUUGGGAUUCAACCCUGUUGCUUCAGAAAAGAAAUAUAAGAUACAGUUUAACAAGGACAUGUUUGCCGUCCCCCCUCAGAAGCAAGGGAUGGAGGUCAUUCUCCAUUACUUGUUCUCAGUCUUGAACUCUCAUCUCUGUUAUGAGGAGUUUCGGGACUGCUGGCCGGUUUAUGAUCGCAAGCAAGACCAGCUGUUCAGGAAGAAGUCGUCAAACUGGAUAAGUAACAUUGCUAAAGAGGAACCUAAUUCUGGUUUACCACGUAUUGUUGCACCACUUCUACUCUCACCUGGGGGUGAUAAAUUUUAUUCAUUUCUCUACUUAUUCUCAACCUAUUGCUUAUGGAAAGUGACACUGAGAGAAUCUAGUGAAUUAGGAGUACAGAUACCUUCUUCAGUACAUUCUUUGAAUUCCUCAGCUCCUGUGUAUAAGGAUGUGAAUGAGGAGAGCACAUGUUUCCAUAUCAUUAAAGAAUGUAAUGAGUAUCUAUCAAUGCAGGAAGAGCUGGCACUCCUUCACAAGCAAUGGAGGGAAUAUUCAAAGGAGAUUAGUUUGAGUUACAGACAACUGUGUAAAGAGAGAACAAGAUUAGAAAAUGAGUUGAAUAUAAUGAUGAAGAAGGAUACUAGCACUUUUGAUCCACAACUCAAAUUAAGUCCAAGAGAAUCCAACAAGACCAAGGUGCGGCUUCUGUGGAAAAAGGUUGAGACGUUUUUAGAAUCAAAUGAAAGAGAGAGACAGACAGUAAGAACUGUAAUGGAGUCAACUGGUACUAGCAAACACACCAUUAGUGGGAAAGAACUGAGUAAUGUCAAGGUUCCAAAAGGAUUGAUGACUCAGCAGAUUAGAGUAACUGAUGAUGAUGGAAACAUCAAUUUAAUUGAAUUAUUAAAGAUCUGUACUGCUGGAAUGAACUAUUUAAACAAACACUUUGAGAAAGGUGUUUGUAUACCUGAUCUAAGUCAUGAAGUUGAUUUCUCCUCUAAAUCAAUCAGAGCUCAUACCAGUCACUUGCUAUCAGUUCAACAACUUAAUAAAUCAUUGUGUAGUCUUGAUGAGGAGUUAGUUCAAAGGAUAGCUGAACUGGAGAAGGAGCUAAGAGUCGUUAGAUUAACUAGUAACACACCCCCUCCUAUUUCAAGCAUGAUCCUGUUGAAUAAUGAAGCUCCACCCAUUGCCACACCUACUGAAACCACGCCUACUCCUGUUAAUAAUAAAUUGUAUCAUCUUCAUUCUCCCAUCACUGAUUUGACCACGCCUAGUUCUAGUUUGACGACACCCACUUCUCUUUUGUCUCAUCGUCCAAUCAUAUUCAGUGCAGGUCGUACUCCAGUUGAUGCUAUUACUAAAAGUGUCCUAAGUAAGGCUAGGCUUAAGGCCACGCCCAUUGAGGCCACACCUACAACACGAAAGACUUUACGUUUCAAUAGUCCUGGGUCUAAUCUUACUCCAGUCGUGAGAAAAGUGGGUGUGAUCAAGACAAAAGAAAGAGAGCAAACUUCAUCAAAAAGAAAGGAUCCUAAACCGGUUAUUAGAACCAGUCAGACUGGUACAGGAAAGACAGAGAGAAAGAGUACGACCCCACGAGAACCAACAGGUGUUCCGGCUCCAUUAGCUGCCCCUCCCUCCCCAACUGAACUAUUAGCUAAUAGAAUAACUGAUAAUAUAACCAGUGACUCCACUCCUUAUAAGGUUGAUUUGUUUACGGAUGAAAGGAUGGCUUUUCAAUCUGUUGAUUGCAUUUAUCGUACUCCGUCCCACCCUCCAGUCAGUAACUUAGCAACUGCCACACCUCUCCGUGAUUCUGAUUGGUUGAAUAAAGUGACUCCACCCACUCCUUAUUGCGAAACAUCUUCCGAUGAUAAUUCUCCUACUUCUCUGACUCCGCCCUUUCCUCUCAUAGACAAUAAAAAUUAAUAUAAUAAUAAUAAUAAUAAAUAUUUAUUAAUUAAUAUAAUUUGUUUUUAGUUUUUUUAAUCGUUAGUACAUGUCACUAGUGAAAAGUCA